AUGGCAACCAGGCAACUCAUCCUAUGUUGCCAUAUUCUAGGGAAAAGAAAGUUUGGGAUCUCGAUAAUACAUCAACAUUCUUUUCACGGCGUUACGGCAAGUCGAUGCCACCAAAAGAGCAACGCACUCUUCUGCUACACGUCAGGCCGCUGGCUGUACGAUGAAGAAAGCCAGCUGAGGAAACGCUAUGUUGAGUUCAACAUUGACGCCCUUAAGCACUAUGCUUCCCAAGCCACAGGUAGCGCCUGUGUCAAGUUGAAUAAAUUACCUGAAGGGCUUCAUAACAAGGUGUUCUCGCUUCAAAUGGAAACUGGCAGAGAAGUAAUAGCAAGAAUCCCUAACCCAAAUGCUGGUAAUUCAAGAAUAGUGGUUUCUAGUGAGGUUGCAACACUUGAAUUUCUGCACAACAUACUUGAUAUCCCUGUUCCAAAGGUCCUUGCAUGGAGUUCCCCAGCAUUGCGGCCGAACGCAGUUGGUGCUGAAUUCAUCUUAAUGGACAAAGUAAAGGGCGUUCAACUGAGCGAAGUUUGGAACGAUAUGUCGGAAAGACAGCGUUUCAAUCUAGUCAAAAACGUUGUUGAGAUUGAGAAGAGGCUUGUAGAUAUCCCACUUUCUGGAUACGGCGGCUUAUACCAUCGGGCGACAUUAGCGGAUAAUGAUUCUUUAUUUUUUGAAGCUAUUAACCCAGGCCAAAUGCCUAGGAAAGAAGAUGAUAUCUCUAAAUUCGUGAUCGGGCCAACCCCGGAGAAAGGAUUUUAUAUUGAUGGAGGCAAAGAACCCGGUAACAGCCGUGGACCAUGGAAAUCUGCUGUGGAAUACCUCACUGCCAUUGCAAAGCGCGAGAUAUCUACUAUACAGGAAUUCGAUAAUACUGAUACAGAUAGAAUCGUGUCAUAUUUACCGAGAGUCAAUACGUCAUUAUCAUCGUCCCUGCAUGUCCAGCUUCUGGAGCAGUUUAUCUCCGUCCUACCCUAUAUUAUACCUCCACUGGAAGUUCUCAAACCCACGUUGAUGCAUCAGGAUCUGCACUUUGAUAAUAUAUUUGUUGAUAAGGCAGACCCCUCAGAAGUCUCUGGUAUAAUCGACUGGCAAGGAACAUAUAUCUCUCCGAUCUUCUUACAAGCUAGAUUUCCGUCAAUUUUCGACUGUGAUGACCCAUACCCAUGGGGCGCAAUCCGACCAGAUCUCCCCGGAGAUUUCCAUACCCUACCACUAGAGGAGAAAAGGCUGGCCGAAGAGUCACUCGAUCGACUCCGAUUAAAGAAGUUUUAUGAGCUUACGUCAAGAAAAAUGAACCCACUUCUUGUCAAAGCUAUGGAUGCCAUGAGAAAUGACGAAUACCCAACGUCGUUCAUAUUCUACAUAGUACAACAGUCCGCUAUAGAUGGGCCAAUACCACUCAGAGAGCUUCUUAUCCAGGUCUACGAACAGUGGAGCGAAUUGGCCUGGAGAAACGGUGAGACACCGCCAUGUCCUAUCUCAUUUACUGAAUAUGAGAUAUCGCAGGCACGCCAGGAAGCUGAAGAAUGGGGAGAGGCGUUUAGUGAAUAUGAGAACCUCCGGAUGCAGAUACUAGGAAAUGACGGCUGGGUUUCACAUGAGCAGUAUGAGGAAGCUAAGCGACAAUUUGACAACUCCAAAGAGGAACUAAAGAGAUUAAGAGAGAGGUUGGACCAGAUAUUAUGA